AGACUCUCAGAGUUGGAGAAGCAAAAGCAAAAGCAAAAAAGCAACCUCUCCCACGACUCCACCACCACCACCACUACCACCAUUGCCACACUCGUUAAGAAACAAUGCAUCAAAUACGCUUCUCUACUUGUUAUUCUUCUUCUACAAUCCCACAAAAAUGUCAGAAAUUGUUCUUGCUGACCCUAUUAUCGAUCCCAGUCCCACCUCUGAGGCAACAACGUCAACAAGGCCUCUCACUUUUGGUCAUGAUUAUCGCGAUCAUGGCGCUGAACCAUUUGACAGUGAGAGGUUGCCUCCGACCUUGGCUUCUGAAAUUCAGAGGUUCCUUCGGGUUGCCAAUCUCGUUGAGGCCGACGAGCCUCGUAUUGCUUACCUUUGCCGCUUUCAUGCGUUUGAAAUAGCCCACAACAGGGACCACAAUUCAAGUGGCCGGGGUGUUCGGCAAUUCAAAACUUCGCUUCUCCAGAGACUUGAACAUGAUGACGAACCUACCUUUCGGAAACGAAAGGAAAAGAGUGAUAUUCGGGAACUCAGACGCGUUUAUCAUGCGUACAAGGACUAUAUUAUAAGAAAUGGCGGAGCAUUUGAUUUAGAAAAUAGUGACGAAGAAAAAUUGAUAAAUGCGCGCAGAAUUGCGUCUGUACUGUAUGACGUACUAAAGACAGUUAUAAACGCUACUGGUCCUCAGGCCCCUGCUGAAACGGGCAGUAUCUGUGCGAAAUCUGAGUUAUAUGUGCCAUAUAACAUCCUUCCUCUUGAUAAUGGAGGUAUUCAGCAAGCAAUUAUGCAUCUUCCUGAGAUUAAAGCUUCAGUUGCAGCGGUUCAAAAUCUUCGUGGUUUACCAUCAGGGCAGGACUUUCAGAGAAGUGCUCCAUUUGUGGAUUUAUUUGAAUUUCUUCAGUGUUGCUUUGGGUUUCAGGAAGGAAAUGUUGCCAACCAAAGGGAGCAUCUAAUUCUGCUACUUGCAAACAUCCACGUUCGGAAGUAUCAUAAGGAGACAUCUAUCUUGAAGUUAGGGGAUGGAGCUGUAGAUGAACUGAUGAACAAGUUUUUUAAAAAUUAUACUAAUUGGUGCAAAUUUUUAAGAAGAAAAAGCAACAUUAGAUUGCCUUUUGUGAAACAGGAAGCGCAACAGUAUAAAAUUUUGUAUAUAGGGCUUUAUCUACUCAUAUGGGGUGAGGCUGCCAACUUGCGCUUUAUUCCAGAAUGUCUUUGUUAUAUUUUUCACCAUAUGGCGUAUGAAUUGCAUGGUAUGUUAACCGGUGCUGUCAGCUUGACUGAUUGGGAGAAGGUCAUGCCAGCAUAUGGAGGGGGGUCAGAGUCAUUCCUUAACAAGGUCGUGACUCCGAUAUACAGGGUUAUAUUUGAGGAAGCUGCAAAAAGCAAAGGCCGGACUGCUGAUCAUUCUACAUGGAGAAACUACGAUGAUUUGAAUGAAUAUUUUUGGUCUCCUGAUUGUUUCCAGAUUGGUUGGCCCAUGCGAGAGGACCAUAAUUUUUUUUGUGUUAAUUCUUCUAAUAGAUGCAAGACUGAGAAAAUUCUUGUAUCACUUAAUACGAAGGCAGAAAGAGGCAAGGGAAAAAGAAAUGAAGAUAAAGACGAGGAGGAGGCAGGAAUGGAAGGAAAUCGUCAACCCAAAUGGUUAGGGAAGACAAAUUUUGUAGAGAUACGUUCGUUGUGGCAAAUUUAUAGGAGCUUUGAUCGCAUGUGGAGCUUUUUUGUGCUGUCCCUUCAGGCAAUGAUAGUAAUUGCUUCCCAUGAUUUACAAUCUCCACUUCAAGUGUUUGACUCAGAAAUUUUUGAGGACAUUUUGAGCAUCUUCAUUACAUCUGCAAUUCUUAAACUCAUACGAGCAAUUCUUGACAUUGCAUUCGCAUGGAAAGCUAGAUGCACCAUGGAAUUAUCCCAAAGAAGGAAAUAUGUGUUGAGGCUGGUUUUUGCAGUAAUAUGGGUGGUUGUUCUCCCCUCGUGUUAUGCCAAAUCAAGAAGGAAGUAUUGUUUUUCGACUCAAUAUGUGAGCUGGCUUCAAGAAUGGUGUAUAUCUUCCUAUAUGGUUGCGGUUGCAAUUUAUUUGUCUAAUAAUGCAGUUGAGGUGGUACUAUUCUUUGUUCCUAUUGUUUGGAAAUUCAUCGAGGUCUCAAAUUGCCGGAUAUGCACAUUUUUUUCUUUCUGGGCACAGCCAAGAUUGUUUGUUGGACGGGGGAUGCAAGAAACCCAAGUAUCUAUUUUGAAGUAUACAUUGUUUUGGGUUCUGGUGUUGUGCAGCAAAUUUUUAUUCAGCUACAAUUUUGAGAUUAAACCACUUAUAGAACCAACAAAACUCAUCAUGAGAAUCGGUGUUGAGAAUUAUGAUUGGCAUGAGCUUUUCCCAAAAGUCAAGAGUAAUGCUGGUGCAAUCGUGGCUGUGUGGGCUCCUAUUGUAGUUGUGUAUUUUAUGGACACACAGAUUUGGUAUUCAGUUUUCUGCACAAUCUUUGGGGGUGUUUAUGGAGUUUUGCAUCAUCUGGGUGAGAUUCGUACAUUAGGUAUGCUGAGAAGUAGAUUUCACACAUUGCCUGCGGCAUGUAAUGCUUGCUUGAUACCACCACCAUCAUCGAAACUUGAGCGGAAGAGACAAAGAACAAGCUUAUUUGGCAGGAGAAUUAGAGAGGUAUCUGAAAAUAAAAAAAGAGGCAUUGCAAAUUUUGUUCUAUUAUGGAACCAAAUCAUUACUACUUUUCGGUCAGAGGACUUAAUAAGCAAUAGGGAGAUGGAUUUAAUGACAAUGCCCAUGUCAACUGAGUUAUUUGAUGGUGUGGUUCGUUGGCCAAUUUUUCUCCUAGCAAAUAAGUUUUCAACAGCACUGAGCAUUGCAAGAGAUUUUGUUGGAAAGGACAAGCUUCUUCUCAAGAAGAUUAAGAAAGACAAGUACAUGUAUUGUGCCGUAAAGGAAUGCUAUGAUUCACUCAAGUACAUCCUUGAUAUUCUUGUUGUGGGUGAUCUGGAGAAAAGGGUUGUAUCAAGCAUAUUCAAUGAAAUUGAAGAAAGCAUUGGAAGGUCAAGUCUUCUUGAGGACUUCAAAAUGAGUGAGCUCCCUGCCUUGCAAGCGAAAUGCAUUGAAUUAGUUGAACUUCUGGUUGAGGCAAAUGAAAGCCAUUAUGUUGAUGUUGUCAAAGUCCUCCAAGACAUCUUUGAGCUCCUAACCAGUGAUAUCAUGAUAAACGGAUCGAGAAUACUGGAUUUGCUCCAGUCUUUCCAAACGAUGGAAUGUGAUUCGACAUAUUUUACAAGGAAAAUUGACCCACAGUUGUUUGAGUCUGCUAGUGAAAAGAAUUCUAUACAUUUUCCACUGCCCAAUUGUGGCUCUCUAAAUGAACAGAUUAAGCGUCUUCUUUUGCUUCUAACUGUUAAAGAUAAGGCAAUGGACAUUCCUGCAAAUAUAGAAGCUCGGAGGCGAGUUUCGUUCUUUGCUACCUCGCUUUUCAUGGAUAUGCCUAGCGCUCCUAAAAUACGCAAUAUGCUGUCAUUCAGUGUUAUGACUCCACACUUCAUGGAAGACAUUAAUUAUUCGAUGAAAGAGCUUCAGUCAAGCACAGAAGGGGUUUCCAUCUUAUUUUAUAUGCAGAGGAUAUAUCCAGACGAGUGGGAAAAUUUUUUGGAACGCAUGGGCUGUGGAAGUCUUGUUGAGUUGAAAGGAAACAGCAAGGAAGAAGAACUCAGAAAUUGGGCAUCUUUCCGCGGGCAAACACUAAACAGAACAGUUAGAGGAAUGAUGUACUACAGAGAAGCGUUAAAAGUUCAGGCGUUUCUUGACAUAGCUGAAAAUGAAGAUAUUCUUGAAGGUUAUGAUGCUGCUGAAAGCAAUAAUCGUACAUUAUCUCAACUGGAUGCACUAGCUGAUUUGAAAUUCACUUAUGUUAUUUCCUGCCAAAUGUUUGGGUCCCAAAAGGCAUCUGGAGAUCCCCAUGCACAAGACAUACUUGAUUUGAUGAAAAGUUAUCCUUCUCUGCGUGUGGCUUACGUUGAGGAAAAGGAAGAGAUUGUGUAUGACAAGCGUCACAAGGUUUAUUCUUCUGUAUUGGUUAAAGCUGAUAAUGGUUAUGAUCAGGAAAUAUAUCGUAUAAAGCUUCCUGGUCCACCAAAUAUUGGAGAAGGGAAGCCUGAAAAUCAAAAUCAUGCUAUUAUUUUCACACGUGGGGAAGCUCUCCAAACUAUUGAUAUGAACCAAGAUAAUUAUUUAGAGGAAGCUUUUAAAAUGAGAAAUCUGCUACAAGAACUUCUACGUCACCAUGGGCGGCGGCCGCCAACAAUACUUGGUUUAAGGGAACACAUAUUCACCGGAAGUGUCUCUUCUCUAGCAUGGUUCAUGUCAUAUCAAGAGACGAGCUUUGUCACCAUUGGUCAAAGGCUUCUUGCUAAUCCUCUCAGAGUACGAUUCCACUAUGGACAUCCAGAUGUAUUUGACAGGCUAUUUCACAUUACAAGAGGGGGCAUAAGCAAAGCAUCAAAAACAAUAAACCUAAGCGAGGAUGUUUUUGCUGGAUUUAAUUCUACCUUACGAAGAGGAUGUAUCACCUACCAUGAGUACCUGCAAGUUGGCAAAGGUCGAGACGUAGGCCUUAAUCAAAUUUCAAAGUUUGAAGCUAAAAUAGCUAAUGGGAACAGUGAACAAACUCUGAGCCGUGAUAUAUACCGCCUGGGACGUCGUUUUGAUUUCUUCCGGAUGUUAUCUUGUUAUUUCACAACCGUUGGUUUUUACUUUAGCAGCCUGAUUUCAGUAAUUGGAAUUUAUGUGUUCCUUUACGGACAGCUAUACCUUGUUCUCAGUGGAUUGGAGAAAGCACUCGUUAUCGAGGCAAAACUGCAGAAUAUACCAUCACUGGAAACAGCUCUUGCAUCGCAGUCAUUUAUCCAACUGGGGCUUCUCACAGGCUUACCAAUGGUUAUGGAGAUUGGACUUGAGAAAGGAUUUCUCACAGCAGUCAAAGAUUUUGUUCUCAUGCAAUUGCAGCUAGCUGCUGUUUUCUUCACCUUCUCUCUUGGAACAAAAAUUCACUAUUAUGGUCGAACAAUCAUGCAUGGGGGGGCUCAAUACAGACCCACUGGGCGUAAAGUUGUGGUUUUUCAUGCGAGCUUUACUGAGAAUUACAGAUUAUAUUCUCGAAGCCACUUUGUUAAAGGAUUUGAGCUAAUGUUGUUGUUGAUUGUUUACUAUUUGUUUAGGCGAUCCUACCAGGGUAGUGUAGCAUAUGUAUUGAUCACUUAUUCCAUUUGGUUCAUGUCCAUCACUUGGUUGUUUGCACCCUUUUUAUUUAAUCCUUCUGGAUUCAGUUGGGACAAAAUAGUAGAUGACUGGAAAGACUGGAAUAAGUGGAUCAAGCAGCAGGGAGGCAUCGGAAUUCAACAAGAUAAAAGCUGGCAAUCCUGGUGGAUUGAUGAGCAAGACCAUCUUCGACGUUCAGGGCUGGGUGCUAGAUUGUUUGAGAUACUUCUGUCUCUCCGCUUUUUCAUGUACCAGUAUGGUCUGGUUUAUCACCUUGAUAUCUCUCAGCAGAGCAAAAAUUUUCUGGUUUAUGUGCUCUCCUGGAUUGUGAUUCUUGCAAUUUUCCUACUGGUCAAGGCUGUGAACAUGGGAAGACUGUUGUUCAUUGCAAAAUAUCACCUUGUGUUCAGGCUCUUUAAAGCAAUCCUGUUCUUGAGUUGUCUUGCUGUCAUAGUCAUUCUCUCCCGCAUUUGUCACCUUUCUUUGAAGGACUUGAUUGUCUGCUGUCUAGCUUUUUUGCCUACAGGAUGGGGCUUGAUAUUGAUUGCACAAGUUGCGAGGCCGAAGAUCGAAGAUACUGGAUUGUGGGACUUUACACUGGUACUUGCUAAAGCAUAUGAUUAUGGAAUGGGUGUUGUUCUUUUCACACCCAUUGCUGUCUUGGCAUGGCUCCCUAUUAUAUCAGCCUUCCAGACUCGGUUUCUAUUCAAUGAGGCUUUCAACAGGAGACUACAAAUUCAACCAAUUCUUGCUGGGAAGAAAAAAGAGUAGCUUUUUUGAAAUCCCAAUGUGUUAAUAAUAGUCUAUACAGUGAGGUCAAUCGGGUUUGUAAAGAGAGUUCUUGUUAGUUGUUACCCAUCUAUUUUUUUAUCGCACUAAAAUAGAAACUCAGAAAAGAGUUGGGUUGGACAAAAAUACUUUUAUCACAGGGAUGAUUUUUGC